GUCUCUCUUUGGCGUUUCGUGUUCCUCUCUGUACUUCCUUUUUCCCUCUCCUGUUCCUGACUACCACGACUCUGUUACUCGACAUGGACACUCGAAGGCUCACAACGGGGGGCUCAACACGAGGCGUUCGAGGCGGUCUAAAACGAACGCAACCUCCAUCAACCAGCGGUCUAGCCAAAAUGGCUCGUGUGUCAGCACAACAGCAACAACAACAACAACAAUCACAACGACGACUGCAAUCGCUUGGCCCUCGACGAGCUAUUCAAGUCGAUCCACGAGCAAGUGAACCACACCAUCCUCCUCUUCGAAAACCAUCGACUCUUUUCGAACGAAGUCAACAAUCUACAGUGACUUCAUCAAGUGGACGAGCAAGCACUUUCAAUCGACCUUCAUUCGUUGCCACAGCGAGCGAGCGACCUGCACCUCCACGAUCCAAUAUUGACACUCGACCCAUUCGUGAUCUCGAAUGGCAACGUGGUGCGAUUCGAUCUAUUGUACGUUAUUUGACCGAGAAUGGUUAUGGUCCUAUUACCGCGCCAGCACUACGCCACUUGGAGAACCGCACGUUUCAACAAGUGUUCAAGUUUCUGCACUUACAUGUCGUACCAAACUUUGUCUACCCAGAACGAUUUCAGGACGUCUUUAUCGAUAUCAUGAAAUCCUUAAGAUACCCGCGUGCCGAUACAUUGAGUGCAAGAGCAUUGUUCUCUGUUGCUGCCCCGCAUUCGUACCCGUCAUUUCUUGCUGUUUUAUCGUGGAUGGUUGAUAUGUGCAACGAUUUUGACGCUAUACAAAACCAUUACGCCACGAGAGAAAUUGAAGAAGAAGAAGAGGAUCCGUCGCAAGAUUUGAAUAUCCUAUUUUUUCAUUACUCGGUUGCGACCUAUAACGCUUUCUUAAGCGGAGCAGACUCGUACGAAGAUUAUGAUGAAAAAGUACUUCACUUACUCGAUAAUAUCAAAAAUAAAUAUACCGAAAAUGCGCAAAAGAUUGCAGAUAGAAAGGCAUCACUCGAGGACAAGCUCGCUCAAUUGAAAGAAAGACCAGAUCUUAAACAGAAAUGUCUGGAAAGACGAGAAAGGAUGGAGCGAGAUAUGACCAAGUUUGAAGGAUACAAUACCGAAAUGCGGAAAAAGGUUGCAAAAUACACUGAAACCAUUGCAAAGACAGAGCGUGAAGUGAAGGAGCUUGAGGCACAAUUGCAGCAAGCUAACAACCAAAAAGCUGAAAUGGAAGAGAAAUUAAAGUCAUACAACAUUUCGUUGGAAGAGAUUACUCAGCUUAGCGACAAACAGACACAACUGGAAAGGGAGUGUGUUAGCGCACAAUCACUCGCACAGCAGUUAGUGAAGAAACAAAGUAUAGCAGAAAAUGAACUGUCUCAGAGAAUUGCAAAGCUGGCCUCCAUCACUACAGAAUACAAUGCGAAAAUAGCAGAGCUGGGCAUAAGAAGCACCGACGACGGAACACAUUUACACUUGGAGAUAGACGCAGGUGCUUCAAAUCCGCAACACAUGUUUUCAGCUGAUUUAAAGCGCGUCAUUUUGCCCCACCUCGAAAAGUUAAAAGAGCAAUAUGAAGAGUUAUUUAAUAAGGAAACCGACCGUGUCAAUGAAGCACGGGAUAAGUUAUCGAAAUUGCACCAACAUGUAACGGAGCAACAAGCAAGAGUUACGAAAAUGAAAAAAGAUCUGAACCGUGCCAAAGAAAUACAUGAGUCAGAACGGCAGCGCUUCUUCCGAGAUGUGGAAAAGACAAAUGCAGAGCUAGCACAGAAAGAGCAAUCGGUCAAGAACAUCAGACGCGAAACGAAAGAAGAAUUGUAUAUGCAUGAAAAGCGCGAGCAGGAACUCAAGCUUACGGUAGCAGAUGCCAAAGCAAAAGCAGAAACUCGGGAGCAGCAGAUGAUUGCACAUGCUGUAGAAGAAGUAGCCAAGGUCCAGGCUGCCCGGGAAGAAGUCGAAACACUAGCAGAACAAUUGGACGAGCAAUUAGACAUUUAGUUCGUGU